AUGCUCGGUCUUCUAUGUUUGCUUCUGUUAUUUUCAUUAUGCCAUUCAAGAAGUCUUCCACAAAUACAACAACCUGAUCCAGAUUGUAAUUACAAUAUUACACAAAUAAUUCAAAGUAAAGGUUAUCCGUGUGAAGAACAUAAAGUAAUUACAAAUGAUGGCUAUAUUCUUGGUGUUUUUCGUAUUCCAUACGGUCGAAAAUCAUCAGCAAAAGGACGACCUGUUCUUCUUCAACAUGGUCUUCUUGAUUCAGCUACAACAUGGGUAAUGAAUUUUCCAGAUCAAAGUCUUGGCUAUAUUCUUGCUGAUGCUGGUUAUGAUGUUUGGCUUGGUAAUAUGCGUGGAAAUUAUUAUUCACGUGCACAUGUUAAAUACAAUCCUGAUCAUGAUGAAGAAUUUUGGGAUUUUAGUUGGGAUGAAAUGGCAAAAGAUGAUCUUCCAUCAAUGAUUAAUUAUAUACUAAAUGUAACAAAAUAUACACAAAUUGGUUAUAUUGGUCAUUCACAAGGUACAAUGAUUGCUUUUGCAGAAUUCGGUCGUCCUGAUAGUGUUAUUCGAAAUAAUGUUAGUUUCUAUGGAUCAUUAGCUCCAGUUGCUCAUGUAGGGCAUAUAGAAUCUCCAUUAAAAUAUUUAUCAUCUGCAACUAUAGUUAAAGACCUAGAACUUUACUGGCAUUUGUUAUUUGGUCGUAAUGAAUUUCUUCCUUCAUCUUAUAUAAUAAAAUGGCUUGGAACAUUUGCAUGUGGAGAAGUUAUAAUUGAUCGAGUUGUUUGUGAAAAUAUUUUCUUUAUUCUGUUUGGGCCCGAAAAGAAAAAUUUAAAUGAAACACGAAUUCCAGUCUAUGCAUCACAUGAACCUGAUGGAACAUCUGUAAAGAAUAUGAUUCAUUUUGCACAAGGAGUGCAAUCAAAUACAUUCCAAGCAUAUGAUUAUGGUUCACCAGAAAAGAAUCAAUUACAUUACAAUCAAACAACACCACCACAAUAUUCUAUUCGAUCAAUGAAAGUACCUACAGCAAUCUUUUCAGGUGGUGAAGACUGGCUUGCUGAUCCAUCAGAUGUUAGUUAUAUUUUAGACAAUAUUCAAAGUCUUGUGUAUAAAAAAUACAUUCCAGAUUAUAAUCAUAUAGAUUUUAUUUGGGCGUUAACAGCAAAUAAACUUGUUUAUGUUGAUUUACUUAAUGUAAUGAAAAAAUACCAUCCACCUAAUUAA